CUGAGCACACAAACACACCGGUCAGGUCACAGGCGGCGGAACGCGGAGCUGCAACUCAACCGCUGGGACAACCUGCGGCGGUUCACCGGCUCCCACACCCGCGUAGUCGACCUCAACUCCCGCCGAACCGGUUCGCUCAGUCGUCUCCACGCGUGUGAGGAACAUGGGCUCGACUGCGGUUUGCUUUAAACGGCGCCUCUGGCUGAGACUCUCUCCCGCCUGUCGGUGAACUGGCCAGACGAACCACGCCCCCUUCCUCCCUCCCUUCUGUCCUCCCAGGCCGCGUUCGGUUCCGCACCUCGCUCUCGGUGUGUGGUGGUGUCUCAAUGGCGGAGCCGGCGGAACCGGCCCCGGGCAGCGUGGAGAAGGCGGCGGACCGCGUCGACGACGCCGACCUGGCUCUGAAGGGGAUCAACAUGCUCCUCAACAACGGCUUCAGGGAGAGCGCCGAGCUCUUCAGAAAACACAGGAACCACAGUCCUCUGAUGAGCUUCGGGGCCAGUUUUGUGAGUUUUCUGAAUGCCAUGAUGACGUUUGAAGAGGAGAAAAUGCAGAUGGCCUUCGAUGACCUCAAAGCUACAGAGAGAAUGUGCGAGAGCGAAAACACCGGCGUCAUUGAAACCAUUAAAAACAAGAUCAAGAGGAGUAUGGACUCUCAGAGGUCCGGGGUGACCGCCGUGGACCGACUCCAGAGGCAAAUCAUCAUCGCAGACUGCCAGGUUUACCUUGCAGUGCUCUCUUUCAUCAAACAAGAGCUGUCAGCGUACAUUAAAGGAGGCUGGGUCCUCCGUAAAGCCUGGAAGAUGUAUAACAAAUGUUACAGCGACAUCACACACCUGCAGGAAGGCGGCGGCAGCAGCAGCAGCAGAAGACGGGACUCGGAACAAAAAGCGUCCCAGUCUCCAUCUCUGUCGUCAUCCUCUGAGCCGUCAGACCACAGCUGCUCGUCUUCCCCCGGGCCGGGCCCGUCCCAGAGGCUUGACGGCAUCAGCCCAGAGGCUCUGGAUAGGCUCAAGGGGUCAGUAAGCUUCGGUUACGGCCUCUUCCACCUCUGCAUUUCGAUGGUGCCGCCGCACCUCCUGAAGAUCGUCAACCUGCUGGGCUUCCCGGGUGACCGCCUUCAGGGCCUGUCGGCGCUCACGUAUGCCAGCGAAAGUAAGGACAUGAAGGCCCCCUUAGCUACCUUGGCCCUCUUGUGGUACCACACAGUAGUGCAGCCCUUCUUUGCUCUGGACGGCACAGACACACAGGCCGGCCUGACAGAGGCCAAGGCCAUUCUCCAACAGAGGGAAGCCAUCUAUCCAAACUCCUCCCUCUUCACGUUCUUCAAAGGCAGAGUCCAACGCCUUGAGUGCCAGAUCAGUAGUGCCUUGACGUCCUUCAGUGAUGCCUUGGAUCUGGCCUCUGAUCAGAGGGAGAUUCAGCACGUGUGUUUAUAUGAAAUAGGUUGGUGCAGCAUGAUCGAACUGAACUACAGAGAGGCGUACAGGGCCUUUGAGCGACUGAAGGCAGAGUCUCGCUGGUCCCAGUGCUACUACGCCUAUUUAACUGGAGUUUGCCAAGGAGCCACAGGUGAUCUCGAGGGAGCCGUAGCCGUUUUCAAGGAUGUUCAAAGACUUUUCAAACGCAAGAAUAAUCAGAUUGAGUUGUUCUCCAUGAAGAGGGCUGAGAAGCUAAGGAGUCCCAGUCUGACCAAAGAGCUCUGCAUCCUGUCUGUGAUCGAGAUACUUUACCUCUGGAAAGCUCUGCCCAACUGCUCCACCGCCAAGCUGCAGAUAAUGACACAAGUCCUGCAGGGCAUUGAAGAAGCCUCAUGCACAGGCCUGAAAAACCUGCUCCUCGGCACCAUCAACAAAUGUCUUCAUAAUACCAAAGAUGCUAUUCAGUAUUUCCAUCUGGCUGUGAGGGACGAGGUUGGUCAUCUGACCAACUCUUACGUACAGCCCUACUCCUGCUAUGAACUGGGCUGUGUGCUGCUGAACAACCCAGAGUCUGCAGUGAAGGGCCGCAUGCUAAUGCUCCAGGCCAAGGAGGACUAUGCUGGCUAUGACUUUGAGAACCGGCUCCAUGUUCGUAUUCACUCGGCUCUCGCUUCCAUGAGGGCUGCAGCUCAGCCGUUACCUGCACCUUAGAAAGAACUGGAAGAAAGUGAAUUUGGAAAAAAAAAAAAAAACACAAUAUCACACUGGGCACUAAAGCUGUUUUCAGACACGAACUCUGGAAAAUAUUUAGCAAAAUUGCGUCUAGAUAUUUUCCUGAGUUUGUCAUUCAUAUAUGACGAAUGUAGCCGGAGAUUGUCCGAGUCAGCGUUUUUUGUUUGCCGUCAUCAACACGCCCACUCCGUCACUGAGAUUUUCCUUGGUGGACUGACAGGAAAAGUUCUGGAAAAUGUCCGAAGCUUCAGUGCUCGUCUGAAAACAGCAUAAGUUUCCACCUGUUUAAUUUUUAUUUUUCCAAAUUAUUUAUUUUUAUUUUCAUAAAAGCCAAAACAAAAAAAAUGUGUGCAAUAUUUAUGUGUGUGUAUAUAUAUAUAUAUACACAUAUGUGUUUUAUGAAAGAACAGUUACAAGGAGUUUACUGAUCUGUUACUGUGCUGCAUAAUUGGGAUUUUGUAGAUGCCUGUUAAACCAGAUAAAAUUAUUUCUCAACUAAUUAUGAAAACCGUCCAUCAUAUUGCUUCCAGAGAGGGUCAAAUCUUCACUCAAAAAGCACAGGUCAAUAAUGUAAAUGGCACGUAAGGUAUUAACUGACAAAACAAAUAUCAUGUAUUUUAUUGAGGCUGAACUCAGCCACAUUCUUACCAUCUCAGUGUUCGUUGUUGCUGUAAAGACUUUGCGACUCCGCUGGCAUGACUACUGAACCGUGAUUAUAUUUUAUUUUAGCCUAAAGCCCCUUUUUUUUAAGCAGAAUUGUUCUUCCUGUAAAUAUGUCUCGCUUCAUAAUUAGCCACUUUUGAGUGGUAACAUUUGCUGUAAACUGGUUCCUACUUUAUAUUUGUUUUAAGAUAAUAAAAUGAUUGUUUAAUCCAG